AUGGCGCGAAAUAACGGCGGAUCCUACCACGACAUUCGCUCUAAAAGUGGGGUCAGCGUUUCGGCAUUUUUCGACUGUGUCCAUGAGGUUGUAGAAGCCAUUAUCGCGCAUCCAGACUUGCAACUACAAUUGCCUACAACGCUUGCUGCACAACGCCAUGCUGCAUGUGGGUUCAAGAAGUUCAGCACUUCCAGGGUCAUAAAAGGUUGCGUCGGUGCUGUAGAUGGAUGGCUGUGUCCAAUCAAGGUGCCGAAGAAGAAAGAAGUUACGAGGGUGCGCUCAUUCUUUUCUGGACAUUAUCGGAGAUAUGGAGUAAAUGUGCAAGCCUGUUGUGACCACCUGAGCCGUUUUACUGCUGUCACUUGUUCGAGUCUGGCCUUUUUGAAGUGGAGAUUGUCUGCUGUGGUGGAUACAUUUCCGAACGAGCUAUACCUGGUGGGCGAUAACGCGUACACGAACACUAACAAGCUACUGACCCCGUUUCCUCGCCCAAGAAUCACCACGGCAUACCAUGACAGCUUAAAUUUCUACCUAAGCCAACUUCGCAUCCGGAUUGAAAUGGCUUUUGGACUGCUCGUUUGCAAAUGA